GAGGGGGAAACGGAGAGGGGGCGGGGACCUGCGGGAUGACGUGGAGGCGUGCGCGGUGACGGCUAGCGCUCUUGUUCCUCAGCCGAGCGGCGGAGGCAGGAGGACGCGGCCCGGAGCCCGGACGAGCUCGGUGGAGCGGCCAGCCAGCGGCUCGGGCUCGGGCUCGGGCUCGGACGUCUGCCCCGUCCUCUCCUGCUCCCCGGCCGUCCCCGCGGCGACUCCGCGGGCCUCCUCCCUUCCGCGCGCGCUUCGCUUUCCCGGAAAUUGAAAAUAACUGAAUGAUUUGAAGGUGUGGGAUCAAUGACUGAGAUACCAAGCUCCUAAAGGAAAACUACAUGUGAAACGAAAAGAAUUGGAAACAAAGUAGAUGCCCAUCAACUGAGAAAAAUGGCUUAACAGAUUGUGAAACAUGAAUGUGGUAGAAUAUGAUUGCAUGCUUCUGAGUGAAUUUUGGAUGAAGCCAUCAAAUUAAUUAUUUGCCAUCAUGAGCAGGAGCAAGCGUGACAGUAAUUUCUAUAGUGUAGAGAUUGGAGAUUCGACAUUUACUGUACUGAAACGGUAUCAGAAUUUAAAACCUAUAGGCUCAGGGGCCCAGGGAAUAGUGUGUGCAGCUUAUGAUGCCAUUCUUGAAAGAAAUGUUGCAAUUAAGAAGCUAAGCCGACCAUUUCAGAAUCAGACUCAUGCCAAGCGUGCUUAUAGAGAGCUUGUUCUUAUGAAAUGUGUUAAUCACAAAAAUAUAAUUGGCCUCUUGAAUGUGUUCACACCACAGAAAUCCCUAGAAGAAUUUCAGGAUGUUUACAUAGUCAUGGAGCUCAUGGAUGCAAAUCUUUGCCAAGUGAUUCAAAUGGAGCUAGACCAUGAACGAAUGUCCUACCUUCUCUAUCAGAUGCUGUGUGGAAUCAAGCACCUUCAUUCUGCUGGAAUUAUACAUCGAGACUUAAAGCCCAGUAAUAUAGUAGUAAAAUCAGACUGCACUUUGAAGAUUCUUGACUUUGGACUGGCCAGAACUGCAGGAACUAGUUUUAUGAUGACACCUUAUGUAGUGACUCGUUACUACAGAGCACCCGAGGUCAUCCUAGGGAUGGGCUACAAAGAAAACGUUGACAUUUGGUCAGUUGGGUGCAUCAUGGGAGAAAUGAUCAAAGGUGGUGUUUUGUUCCCAGGUACAGAUCAUAUUGAUCAAUGGAAUAAAGUUAUUGAGCAACUUGGAACACCUUGUCCUGAGUUCAUGAAGAAAUUACAACCAACAGUAAGAACUUAUGUGGAGAACAGACCUAAAUAUGCUGGAUAUAGCUUUGAGAAGCUCUUCCCAGAUGUACUUUUCCCAGCUGACUCGGAGCACAACAAACUUAAAGCUAGUCAGGCAAGGGAUUUGUUGUCAAAAAUGCUGGUUAUAGAUGCAUCUAAAAGAAUCUCUGUGGAUGAAGCCCUCCAGCACCCUUAUAUCAAUGUCUGGUAUGAUCCUUCAGAAGCAGAAGCGCCUCCACCAAAGAUACCUGACAAGCAGUUAGAUGAAAGGGAGCACACAAUAGAAGAGUGGAAAGAAUUGAUAUACAAGGAAGUCAUGGACUUGGAGGAGAGAACUAAGAAUGGAGUUAUACGGGGUCAACCAGCUCCUUUAGGUGCAGCAGUGAUUAGUGGUUCUCAACAUCCAUCUUCAUCGUCGUCUGUCAAUGAUGUGUCUUCAAUGUCAACAGAUCCAACAUUGGCCUCUGAUACAGACAGCAGUCUAGAAACAUCAGCUGGACCUCUGGGCUGCUGUAGAUGACUAUUUGGUCGGGGGUGGGAGGGUAGUGGGAGGGGGGUUGCAGGAGGGAAGGGGAUUCAUUUAGGCAUUGAUAGAACUACUUUGAAAACAAUUCAGUGGUCUUAUUUUUGAGUGUUUUGUUUUGUUCCCCAAAAAAUGUAGGAUUCACUUUUUUUUUUUAAUAUCAAGUGCUGUAAUUUAAAACUGUAAGUUGUUUUAAAAACAACCACAAAAUGUAUUGUGGGUUUUUUUGUUUUGUUUUGUUUUUGUUUUUUGCUGUAAUUAUCUGUAUAAUGUAAACCUAAUAAUUUUAUCAUGGUUUAAAAUUUUUGCCUAUUUGCUUUACCUUAUGCUGCUGAUUCAUUUUUAAUUGAAUUUGUAAGCUUUGUUUUAUCAAAGCAACUAUUAUGUGGUGACUUGCCUAUAUCAUGAAUUAUUUAAGAUUUUAUAGUGGUUUUUUUAAUAGAAUUUAUUCCAGAUGUUUUGUUCAUGACAAUAUCCUUCAGGGUUAUGUGCUUGUCAUUAGUUUAUUCCCUGGAAAAGAGGUAAGAUAUAUCUCUAUAGCCAGUUAUAUUCAGGUAUAACUACUGUAAAUGAUUGAGUUAAACCUCCAAUUCUUGCUAUUUGCCCAUCUUAAUUUAGUCAAAACAAUUAGUAGGAAGCCCUACAUAAUUCCUUGUCAAAGUCACUUCAUCUGAAUGGCAGAAUAAUGCAAAGCAUGUCUUUUCUAAGAUGCCAUAUAUUCAGCCUGUCCCCAGAAGAAAAACAAAAAGAUACGGUGUAUUCUGCAAAAUUAUGGCAUGCUAAAAGCUUAUGAUCCCAUCAAGUCAAGAGGAUACUUCAUGAAUAAUACAUUUCAAUGCAAAUAAACAUAUGGUUUACUUCUACUAGCUAUUAGCCUGUUUUUGUGCACACAAAAACUAAUCUAUCUUUCCAAGACACAGAUCCCCAGAAAUGUCGUGGAGUCCCUCUAAAUAUAUUUCAUUUUCAUGUAGCCUCAACUCCUGACCAUUUCUGAUUUCCUAUUACUUGGUAUCAGAGUCAGCCAAACACCUAUUCUUCCUAGGGGAGGGGGGGAACUCAUUUCCUGUCCAGUUGUUUCUCUUCAAUUAGAUGUAGCAUAUUCAUAUGAACUGCUAGCUGUCGGGAUGUCCCAGAACCUACUUAGAAAUCUGUAGGUAAUGUAUCAUAUGAGCAAUAUUGUUCAUCUUAAAAUAGUACUGCAUAGCCAUAUAUAGGAUAUCUUUUUCUAAAGCCUACUCCUUCAAAUGAAUAGAGGAGAAAUAAAUGGUGGGUUCUUUAGCCUGAAUCUUUAGUUUUUGAUACUUAAUUUUCAAUAAAACACCUAACUAAUACAGAUUCUAAGUAGUGUAAAAUGGUGCUGCUCCUGACAAAUGUAUGUUAAUUGUUUACAUUUUAUAUUUGCGAAAUGAUUUAUUUAUCUAGAACUGAACUUUUUCUUAGGGUAAAGCAAUCAUUGAAAUCUCAUUUCAAAAAAAAAAAAUGCACAUUUUCAGUAAUAAACUUUGGCUCUUUUGACCACUUUCUGAAGGAAAAGGGAUUUGUGUAGUGAAUUGAGAUAGGAAAACAAACAUCCAAUUUUUGUUCUUGUUUGUUUAGGAUUUUUUUUGUUUUGUUGUGUUUUUAAACCAGAUUCCUAGGCAAAAGCCCAGGAGGACUAAAUGACCAGAAUUAAGGAAGGAGCAUAAUUUUCAUUUUCUGGAAGUUCACUAGAUAUUUGGUCAUGUAUUUAUUUGGGGGAAAUAACCUUUUGAGUAAGAUCUUUUAGAUCAUUGUUAAUACUCAAUAUUUAAGUGUAGCUUUAAUUUAGCUUUUCAGUAAAUUUUAAAAGGUAGAAUUAUUGUUGAUGAGCAGUGAUUCUUACCAUUCUUGAAAUUGCAAUACCUAGCUAUCUUAUUUUAUUUCUUGGCACUCUCUUCAAAGAUGCAACAUGGCUAUUUUAUUUCUUAAAAAGUAAUAGAAAUUAAUUUACUGUUGAAAACUGUGGGACACCUCUUGAAUCGCUAAAACAAGACUGAAAAACAUUCUUAAAAAUUUUCAUGUGAUUGUGUUCUUUAGAUUCUGACAGGUUUGUUUAACAGUCUCUUCAUUUUCCUCACUUAAUAGGUUAGGUCACUAUUGCACUUUAAAAGAUAUAAUUUCUAGAUUUAUCUGCCUGUAAAAUUUCACAGUGUUUUGUUUUAUUGAUGAUGGGCUUUCAGAGUAGAAGAGUAAAAAAGUAAAUCCUUACCUCUUACCAGCAAAUUUUUGUUUUGUUGUAUUGUUUCUCUUUUGUUUCCCAUUGACUCAAAUUUUGGCAAGGAAAAAUAGAUGUUCUUGCUUUCAAUAACUUGUUAAAAGUGCCAGCCACCACUUUUAAAAAAAACCAGCAUUUGUCAGCUGAGUUCAGAAAAUAAGAACUCUCCCUAAAGUGAUCUAAAAUAUUCAUCAACCUGUGUGCUGAUCAUAAUGAUUAGUUUGGUGAAGUGUUGUGUAUGCCCUGGAUUCACAAGGCACAACUUCUAAGCAUUACUUAACUAGAUUUACAUUUUAUAAUAGUAAGGAUGUCUAUGCACGAGUUCCUUUUUAUUUUUAUUUUUUAAAGAAAUUGUUUUGAUCUUUAAGGCAUCUUAACUAUACAUAUAUGUAUAUAUAUAAUAUACUUUUAUAAAAAUGGAAGUCACAAACAAGAUUGCCAUCCACUGCUAUUUAUGUAAAGCAAGCUUGCAUAUUUUAUAAUUUUUUUUCCAGGAGGAACUUAAAAUAUAUCUAUCAGCUUAUACUAUGAAUUAUUGAUGAGAGUCAAGAUUUAGUCUUAUUUGUAAGCUGAGAGAGAUGCUGUGUUCUGAUGUUCCUCUCCCACGUGCUGUGUCUCUUAUACUCUAAUGUGUAUUAAGCAUUAAUUUUAAAAUUAUUGUAUCAUCUUUCUUUCAUUCCUUUUAGAAAUCUUUAUUUUAUAUUGCCACAUAAUCUCAAUCAUUCUGGCUAUUUUUGACAUUUGCUAUAUCAAGUUAGAAAAAGGCACAGUACAUCCUCUCCAGGCUUUCUAGAAGAAACGGAAAGCUCUGUCAGUAGAAAUACUACUACAUCAAACUUCUCGAAACACCAUGAAAUUUGCUUGUAAUGAUAGAAGCCUUACUUAAAUCUGUUUAUUUUCUUUUCUGUCUGAUUCUCAUAAUCCUGCAAUAUUGUCUAAAAAGAUGAAGCUAGAAAAGACAUGACUUUUAUAGUGGAAAUCAUCAGAUAAGUGAAGCAACUUCUUGGGUUACCAAAUAACUUGGUUCACCUUAUAGGCCAGUUUCUGCUACAUAUUUGAAGACAACUACUCAAUGUUGCCUAGACACUCUCUUGUACUCCAUUUUGAAUUAAAUCCUAUAUAGUCCAUUUUCAAGAAUGCUACUGUAGUUUGUUCACGUGUAUUGUUCUUUAGCGACACAUUAGAUAGUGGAUGCAUGAAGCCCCACAAACCCCUGUUAAGCUUCUAUCAAUAAUGGAAGGAUUAAAAUACCAUCAUUCUUUUAUCAUUUAGUAACUCUUUGGGUGCUGCCUAUAGAAAUCCUUUUCAAUUUUAGUACAUGCUGCGUUUUAUGUUUGAUCUUUAGAAGUAUUUUUUUCCUGCUGAGAUUUUCAGAAUAAGUAUUUUUUUGUUGUUUUGGUUUGGUUUUGUCUAUGUUUUUUCACUUAAUAACAGCAAGUUGAAGAAUUGAAGGGCAUUGAAGCAGAGAUGUAUAGUAUGGGGUAAGAUUAGAAACCUCAUGAGAAAAAAAAUUACUUAAAACUAUUCUGGUUCACUUAAUUGCUCUUAGUUAAGUGCUCUUAAGGAGAGGCUAGUAAGAGUAACACUUUACUAAUCAUUUCUGGUAUAAUUUUCUCUCCAUUUACUGAAACUUGUGAUAAGUAGACCUGUGGAUUAGCUUUGCACAAUGUUUCCACUUUCACAAUGGCUUACAAAUUAAACUAGGUUUUUAUUGAACUCUACCUCACACUAAUUUUCUAUGCUUUCCUGAGUAAACUGUUGCCCUUACUAUUAGACCUUUGCUGAAUGUGAACUGUAAGUGUGUUUUUCUAAUUCCUUUAUGGCCAAUGUUGAGAUACCAGUAAGUAUGUAAAAUGUAUAAUUUGCAUAAGUAACAAGCAUUCACAUGUAAAUUUUUUCUUUGACUGUAUUUCCUGGAAAGUUGUGUUAGAUGUGAUUGGUGAUUUGAUUAUUGUCUGUUUUUGUACGUAAAGACCUAGUAGUAUCAGUCCAUUCUUUACAUUUUACAAAAGGAAUAAAUCUUAGUAAAUUUUACGAACAGAUGAAUUACUUUUGUAGGCCCAAUAUUUGGUAUAUUUUUGGGAAGCUUUUAAUCUUUUAGCCUAACAGUAAAGUUGAGCAAAUGAGAUAUGUACCUGGAAUGUGACCUCUAUUUUCUCAAAGUAGAUUAUCCUGUUACCAGGGGGUGGGUCUAAAAUCUUACAAUUUCAGAAUUUUAAAUCACAUUUGCUUUUCUACCCACAUAACCCCAUUCCUUUUCAGUCAUUGCUCUCUGUGGCCCCUCUCCCUUAGACUAAAACAAUGUGGCACUUUGUGGGGAAUGCUGAGGUGAUUAUUGUGAUUUUAAUCAUCCAUACCAUAGGUCAUUAAACACGUACCACUGGAAUGUAAACAAUGUUAUCUAGUAUGUCAAUUGGUUAUAAUAUUUUAAAUAAAAAAGAAAAAAGUUGUAUGACAAGUAUGAAAUUAAGAGUUGUUUCAUUAAAAAAUAGUUCUGGUUUAAAAUUUUAGUAAAGGGUAGGUUUGUUUUAGUAAGUAUAGACACUAUUAUUAGGAUAGUGACCUAUCAGAUCACAUUGAGGGAUUUGGAAGCUAAAACUCAGCUUGGGAGAAUCAGAGGUUUCUUGGCAUCUCAGAGGCAGCUUCUAGCGGGGACUCUUGGUACAUUAUGAAGCAGUGGUGCCCUCGACAUGGUGUACAGAAAGAUACCUUGUUUUUGUGCCUUUAACCCCAAGGCCACGGCAAUAAUGUACCCUUUAUUUUAUUAUACUUAAAAUAUUUAAUAUAGAAAAUAGUCCUUUGGAGAAGAGUUCUAUAGUUGAAAAAAUAAAACUGACAUAAACGGGAGAUUUCUUUUCCAUUUUCAGUGCAUGUGAUUGUUCUAGACUUUUCCUCUAGAGAGUUUUCUUCCUAGGAUAUAGUUUUUAAAUGACCUGUGUGCACUGCCUCCUAGGCCAUCCCUGUCACCAUAUAAAACGAGAGAGGUUUUUUAAACUAGUUUUUUUUUUUCCUUUGAGAGGUCCCUUCAGUCCUUUGUCUUACUUAAACAAUGAUAGUGUGGGGUAAUGGAUAGGCAGCUGGCUUGUGUACUGAACAACUGUGUGACUAGGCAAAUUGUGUAAGGGAUAUCCAGCCUGCCCCCAAGCAACUUAGAUGCCCUGUUGCGGAUGAGCUCUGUUGUUGAGAUUUUCUACACAUUCAUCACUAAUGAAUUCAUAGAUCAAGACUAAAACAGUUUACUGUAUUUCUCUGGAAAUCUUGAAGCCAGAUUAAACCUUUUACUCUCUGGUGUAUAACCUUUCAGUAGUAUCUCCGAAGUGCUCAUACUUGCUUACAGCUGUUCAGGUUAACAAAAGUCCUAAGCUACUGUUAACAUUUUUGGAGGGCCUAGUUAGUAGUCUAGUAGUUCCAAUACUUAUUUCAAAAAUUUAAAGUAUAGAUUGCAUUGUAUUGGGUUUUACUUGUGGUUAAUUUGGUCAUAACUAUGUUGAAAAGAAAGGAAUGACUCGUGUUUCUUAAUUCAUUUAUCAAAUUGGCAUUUGUAUUCCAUCCAGUAUGAUUUAUAUUGGGGUCUAUGAUGAAAGGUCAUAUGCACUGAUUACAAAAAGGAUUGGCUGCAUGUAUGCUAAGCAACACAGUAGCUAUAUUAUCUUUUCAUAUUCUUCAAUGAUUAUAAGGUACAAACAAGAACUUAUAGACAAUUAAAAUCUGAAAGACACUGAUAUAAUGAGAAAAUGGUAUUUCAAUUUAAUAUAUAUACAGAAUUUAUUUCCUUGAUUGAACUAGUGUGCAUAUUUUUCACUUAAGCAUUAUAUUUCAGACUCUUUACAGUAAACCAAAUUGGGGAUGGGAGAGGGGUGGUUAAUACAAUUUUAAUUUGAUUAUAAAAACAUUUUCAAGUCACCACUGAACCAGGCUGAUAGGUUGUAAACAGAGCAGUUUCCCUCCAGUUAUCCUUUAGCUGAUAUGCUUUGUUAGUAAUUUUGCAAAUAAAUACGUUCUUGUAGCCAUAUUAGAUCAAAAUUUCAGAGGAGAAAAUGAAAUGGACUAUAUGCAACCAUUUUUCAGAAGCAAAUCUUAAGUCAUUUUUUAUGAGUUACUAAGUCUAAGAAAGCAAAAAUGAAUUAAUCAGUCUAUCAAGUUGUCUAGCCUCAAUGUGUUUAGAAGGCUCUAGAUUCAAAAUCCCAAUUUGAAAUCGUGAUUUUUGUGGGGAAGGAGUCUUUCCCACAAUUUGUGAGUAGACUUUUACUCAUCUCUGUAUCCCCCCCUCAGUGCCAGGUACAUAAUAGGUAUGCAGUAAAUGAUUGGAGUGAAUGACUCUUACUCAGGCGGUUUCCUGAGUCACUAAAACAAAAAGCUAUCCACAGAAGAUAAACUGAAAGCCAAAACAUUAAGACUUACCUGAAGAAGCUGGAGCAAAACUUUAGAUAUAGCUGUUCAUCCUAUUACAUAGGAGGUGUCAUGUAAGGUUUUCUUUGAUGAUUGAAUUUAGACAAGAUCUGCCUUUAAGUCAUUGCCUAACAACCAUUAUGCUGGACUAAAUACUGGAGUCAAAAAGACCAAAAUAAGAUUGCCUCCUGUAGGAGUUUACGUUCUAUUGGGGAAAAACAUGUAAUGCACACCAGAAAUUGCAAAACAUCAAUAAAGUUGUUGGGGUAGGAAAUGGGGAAUACAGAACAGUCUUCCUAUAGAUGCCACUUGUGUUUAGCUUUGAAAGAAGUUAGGGAUUCUAAGGCAAGGAGGGAAUUAAUUCUAGCCAUAUGGGCAAUUCUCUGCAAAUGAAAUGUGCUAGUCAGAAUUGCUCCAAUUGGACUGAAGUUCUGGAGUCUAGAAAGUAGAUGGGAGCCAGAUUGUGAAGAACUUUAAAAAACAAAUUGGGGGUGGUUUUUAUUCUUGAAAAGUACAGUGACAUGAUCCAGUGCUUUAGGAUUUUCAAGAGGGAGAGGUGACUAGAAGCAGGCAGCCCAUUUAGGAGAUAUUACAUCAGACAAGAGUAAAUAAAGGCCUUAACUUAAAUGGUGGCCAGGUGAUUGAGGAUAGUGGUAAAGAUACAAGAGAUAUUAUUGAGGAGAAAUUGAUAAAACUUGAAAACUAGAGAUAGAUGAAAGGGGAAAAGAAAGAGUUAAGAAUGACCUUCAAGUUACCUGGUAAUUGGAUAAGUGAUUAUAUCCUAUGCAGCAUAGAGAGGUUAAGUAGAGGAGUUGGUUUUGGGGGGAGGGUGGGAAACUUCCAUUGUGGGCAUUUUUGGUCUUACUUAACCAGUGACCCACUUUGUGUGUUAGAAUCAAAUGAAAUAAAUGUUUUUAAACAUUUUUCUAAAACUUUGAAACCCUAAAUAAAUGUUAACCUUUAUUAGUGAGUGCAUAAUGAUAAAGAGGAACAGUUAAGGGACUUAAGUAUUCUUAAAAUAAAAACUUAGGCUUUAUAAAAAUUUAUCUAAGCUCUUGUAAACCUCCAUAAAAUUGGGAAUUUUCUUAGGAGUCUCACUUCAACCAAAUACUAACAAAUGAGUUACAAAGCAAUUAGCUACAUUAGUUUUGUAAAGAUGACAAAAUUGUUAACUUUAUGAAGUUUAAAUGUCUUUAUUUAGAAUUUGUGUGGCUUUUUGUUUUGUUUUGCUAUUUGACUUCUUCAUUAGAAGAUACGGCCUUUGAAUUUCCUUCAUAUUUUAACUUUAGGUCCUACCUUGAUGCCUCCUCAUGGCACAAAAGUGAACUCAAGCUCUUUAAAUCUGUACCGAGCUGGAAAGAUUUCAUAUACAAUAAUACAUGAAGGUCCAGCCUACCAGAAGAUUGACCACUCAGGACUGAAUUUUUUCAGCUAUAUCUCAUGAAGAGUACCUAUUCAAGUUAUAGAGAAGUUGCAGUAGGCAUUCAUUAGUAGAGGGAGUAUUCACAUCAAAAGCACAGACACUUGAAGUUGUAUAAUAUUUGCAAUGAAUAUCAAUAGAUAUUUCCUACUUCAUAAGAGGAACUCUAUGCACAGAGUUUAAAAGAAAGAAAAUUCUGUUAUAAAUGUCUCCUAGAUACUCCUAUUGCAGGUGACAUUUUGCUGAUUAGAUCAAGCUUCCACACUCUGCAGAACCUCCUUAAAGAGAUUCAUAAGUAUCCCUAAAAGAAUUUAGCCUAAGAACCCACAAGAAAUAGAAAAUGAUUUUUAAUGGUUAUGGUGCACUACCACAAUAUGUAGUAAGAUGGAAAGUCCAUUCAGUGAAUGCAUCAGUCCUUCAAUCCUGGAUAUAAACUACAAAUAAUAAGACCAUGAGCUUAAGCCAUAAUUGAAUAGGACAAAGUAGGAGAGAUGGCACUGGGGAAAUUGUCCAUUUCUUUCAAUGAUUCUCAAGUUAAAUUCUGCAACAAAUACCUAUCUUUCUGACUUAGUGUUCUGCUAUUGCAGAUAACUAUAGCAACAAUGAUAUUUUCUUCAGAAUUCUGUAGGUUGUGCACAUAAAAAAAAAAAAAUAGAACAAAUGUUAAAAAUCACAUUUGGCCUGUUACAGAAUACAACCACAUUUGCCAUUCCACAUAGCCCCUAAGAUUCUUUAAGUUUAUGUAUCUAUGUCCUUUGAACCUCAGCCACAAAGUACCAGACUGAAUGAAUCAUAGUUUUAAUACAGUAUAAAAAGUCCAGUCUUUUUGUGACAACCAAAUAUGUGUUUAAAAAGCUUGUUUCCACUUACCUCUAUUCAAAUACCAUACAAACUAGUAUACAUAGAUAUUAAUAGUGAGAACCCUAAAUAGUCUGCCUCUCCCUUGAUGAAAUCAGGAUUUGAUUAUAUUUACAAUUUCUAUUUCAGAAUGCUAAGGAAUAUGUAUAAUUUUAGAUUUUCAUUUUAAAAUCUUUAGGUACUAUAAUAAGAUACCUAGAAUCCCAUAUAUCUGAAUUAAAAUUUUAAACAGAAUUUGAAAUUGAACUUUUUUUUAAAAAGAAUUAGAAUGGUUUGAGCAUCCUGAAUGAAUAGAGAGGUGGACUUGGAUUCAGAAAGAACUGAGUUCUGAUUCCUUCUCAGAUACUUAUUAGCAAUUUGAUCCUAGGUGGAAUCUCACUUUCCUCAUCUUUAAUAUGGAGAUGAUAAUAGGAUCUGUCAUAGGUUUGUGAGAUUAAGUUCAAAAAAGCAAUAGCUGUGUUUUGAAUAGCUUGAAGCACUAUGUAGAUGCUAGCAAUUAUGUGUCAUCCAGCCCAAUUCUACAGUUACUCAUGAACCAGAAACUCGUAACAUGUUCCUUUGAUCACAGUCAGUAAUGUUGUGUGCCCAAAUUUGAAGUCAAGAGUUAGCCCUGAAACAAGCUAUUGGUUUAGGGAUAGGAAGAAAGACCAGUUUUGGAGUCAGAAAUAAGUUCCAUUUUUUACAUUUAAAUAGGAGUGCUACCCACUCAUGAGAUUAGAAAUCUUUAACCUGGAGAAGAAAAUUAGAGGUUAAACAGGAAGGUAGGUGCUUGAAAGACUGUCAGUCACAUCAAAGAGGGAUUUAAUUUGUUCUGUUUGUCCUCAGUAGGCAGAAUUAAGAAUAAUGGGUAAAAGUUACAAAGGGGCAACUUUUUAGGUUUGAUAUAAAAAAAAAAAAAUCUACAAAAUCAUUGAACUGUCCAAAACUUGAAAUUGGCUGCCUCAGGAAGUGCAUUGUCUCCCCCCUCAUUGUAGUUGCUAAGGUAUAUAUGCUAGAUGACCUUCUUGUCUUACGGGUACAUGUUAUGAUGUUUCUUUUUGGAAAAAAAAAUGCAUGUCUACAAAUAUUUGGAUAAAGUUCUUAAUCUCUAGAUAUAUGUAUAUCCAUCUGUGUAUGUGUGAAGAAGUGGCUACUAUGUUUUAGUGAUGUAAUUUAUUCUCUCUGAGCCUCAGUUUCCUCAUCCAUAAAAAAGGAUUCAUGUUAACAUAUAUCCCAGAAGUAUUGUGAGAUAUGUGUCUUAUAAGCCUUAAAAUGCUAUAUAAAUGUGAACCAUUAAUAAGCAAAUGGAUUCCAGUCCAUGCAUUUAUUCAUUAUCUUUAAUACAGUAGUGCUUGGUUAAAUUAUCCUCAUCUUUCUUAAAUAACUUUAAACUUUUUGACCUUACUGUAGAGGCAUGAGUGACAGUUGUAAUUUUUUAAAAGCACUUUUAAAGGACACAAGAUUUUCUCUCCUACAUGAAAUGACUCUUUAGUCUAUGUUUUGAUUGCCAGCAUUUCUAGACUUGGUAGAAGAAUCAGGAAGACUUAUAGCAGGUUUGAGGAUGAUGGAAUAGCUAAAGAAAUAGCUAUGUAUUAUGUUAGUUUUUCUUAAAUACUUAUGUGCAAUUGUAAGUACUCAGCAUAUAUUGAAUGCAUUCCUAUAAUCUGUAUUCAGUAUAUUUUCCACCACUCACUUGCCGUCUUUGUAAAUAUUCUGCUUGUCAAGGAACAAAGAACAAAUCUCUCAUCUCUAUCCCUUACUACUUUUAUGACACUGGGCAUAGCAACUUCUCUGGAUCUCAGUUCCCCUCACCUCUAAAGCACUGAGGUUGGUUUUAUAUGAUCUUUAAGAACCCUUCUAGAUCUAAUUCUAUAAUCUUAUGAUUCUGUUGUUUUUGUGAGGAACAAUUGUCACACUGAAUUUGGAGACUUAUGAGUUUCCUGGAUAUACUCAGAGGUUAAAUGCUUCAUAUGGUUUGUCCAGGGUCACACAACAGCAUAUGGGUCAGGAGUAGAGUUGAACAGAGGUCUUCAAAACAUGUUGCACUGAUAACAAUGGUUUAUAAUCUGAUGUCCAUGAAUUGAUUUCAAGGAGUCCAUGAACUAGAAUGAGAAAAAAAAUUAUGUGUGUGUAUUUUUAUUUUCACUAACUUCUAACUGAAAUUUAUUAUUUCCUUCCAUUUUAAUGUAGGUAGAAAAUAUUCUGAGAAGGGAUGCACGGGCUCCCAGACUGCAAAGGAACUCAUAUACAUAAUAUAAUAUUAAGAUCUCUUUUAUAGAAUCAGGUUUAGAAUCACAAGGGUACUUAAAGAUCAUCUGAUACCUUUCAUUUUGCAUAUAACAGGCUCAAGAGACAUCAGGUGACUUACUCAAAUGGAUCUGAUUUUAUAGAUAGGGAUGCUUUCUUGGGUGAUAGUAAUUGGAAAGUAUACUCACUUAUCCUGUGCAACUGUUGUCAAGGUUUUUCAUAAGUUUGCCCCAGCAGGUUCAUGCAGUGUGCUAGGGGCCUUUCCUUGCUUUCUCUUGACAAUAUAACCCGGGUAACAUGUAUUCCAACCAUCAGUCAUUCCUCUUUCUUCCCCAAUGACCUGCUGAUCAUACAUCUCCCUUUCAGUGAAUCCUUUACUCCAAGUUCUGUAAUUGUUACAUAUUGCAUCCUAUGUGUAACCUAUUUCCUUUCUCCCCCCACAGAUCUCUUUUACUCUUUGUUACUCAUUGUUUUUAUUCUUAGGAGACGUGGUGUUCCAUGAUUCACAGCUAUACAACAUCAGCAUAAUACUGAUAUUAAAAAAAAUCACGCAUUUAUUCAGCACUUACUUCGUUAGGUGACUUGUUCAGCACUGGCGGUACAAAGAUAAAUAAAUGAAACUUUGUUUCUGGAAGAAGUUGAAAGUCUUUACAGGAAAUUUGUAAAUUACCAAAGGCAACACAAUCCACUUUCCUCCUGUUUUCAACUAUAUUAUCUGAGAUGACAGAUUGAUCAACAAACUAUAGGUGGUACUUGUAAACAUGACAUGCUUGAACAGUGGGUAUUCUUUAUCACUUGAUUUUUCUAGUGUGGAAGUUUGUUUAAAACAGUAUUUGGAGAGCUUUUCUAAGAAAAUCUGCAAUAUCUAGGAUUUUGAUGUAACUAUCAUGAUAUCAUUGGCAGACAGGAGUAUUUAGAGAACCUCAUUAUCUACAGGAAAUCCCCUUGCAACUUGGACUCUUCACUAGGUUAUCUUCUCCAUGAAAAUAGCGAACACUUCUGGCGAGCAUACAUCUCUCUGUUUUAUGUCUCAUCUGAGAUAAUUUGUCAAACAAGGUUAUCUUUCAAGGACUCUUCAGUAUUUGAUAUUUAAAUAGGAGAUAACUUGAGAAAAUGUUAUUUUUAAGAGUGUUUUGCUCUACUAAAUCAAACACUUUUUUAAAAGUCAGCAAUGUCAGGAUCUUACAUAUUUCUGUCAAUUUGUGAUGGUUAGAAUUUUCUGUGGAGUAUCACUUAGAAAUCCUGCCUGUCUCCUACUAAUUACCUCCAAAGAUGUCCCCACUCCAAAAAAAAAAAAAAAAAAAAAAA